AUGGGUUUUAAAAGAAUGAAAAGUAAUAGCUCAAAUAGUGGUAACGGACCUAUAAAGAUCGAUAAACUUUUUCCUGAAAAAAAUGCUGAGAAAAAAUUAUUACCUUUACCAUCUGGUAAAGUGAAACCUGGAAGGCAUAAGAAGAAGAGACGUUGCUUGAAGGGUUCCCGCAAAACAAUAAGGAGAGAUGUUACUGUAGUGUUUGACGAGUUAAUGAAAGAAAUUGAGCCCACAGAAGAAUAUACAUCAUCAGAUUCACUAGAGUUCCCUCCAGACUGGGACAUGCCUCAGUCAUUGGAGUUGGGCACUGAGGACUAUAACCAUUCAUUGAGUCUGACGAGUAAGAAAGAAUUGAAAGAGAUAUACGAAGCUAUUGACGAAUUGAACAGACUCUGUAUUGAACCCAUCAAAGUUAAGCUUAAACGUGAUUACAUUAAGAUUAAGAAAUCAAACGAUGAUCCCAACAACAGUUUAAAUGAUAAAGUUAAUGUUGGUGAGGAUCUCAGAUACAGUGCUGAUAUUAACAUAGUUUUAUCGAGCAGGAAGAAGAAUGAAACAACAGAGAAUCCUGAAGAAACUGGUACAAACGACUUUUCAUUAACUGUUGAACCUGCUAGUGAUAAUUCAAUAUCUGAGGAAUGUUGUGGUAAAAACUCGUGUGUAACCAAUAACUCAGAUUUACAGAUCUCCCACUUCAGCUCUGACUCCGUCAGAACUCUAGAUAAUUCAGAAAAUAACGAUUUAAGCAAUAAGGAACCGGUUUCUGAUGAAGAUGUAUCAAAUAAUCCUGAUACAGCUGAAGAUCAUUGUUACAACUCUUCCAGUACUGGUAAUUGGGGUGUUGAAUUAGAUGACAAUAAUAAUCCAAUUUAUUCCAGAACUCUUUUUUACAGGUUCUAUGAACCUUUUACUGAAUAUGAUUACAAUUUUAAUUCUAGUACUCAACAUUCUUUUAAUCCUCCGUACACUAAAUGUUCCAGCCCCAGUAAACUGGGCUUUGAUUCCGUAGAGUCUCUUAAUAAUUCUCUCAACGCUCCUUGUGAGAUUAUUAUAAAGCCUCCUGUUUCCAUUGGAAGGUCGAUUAGUUUCCGCAGUAAUGUGUGCAAGUCGGUUUUAUCCAAGGACCGGUUCAUCUCAGGCACUGUUUUCCAAAUCAACUGGUUCAACCCUAGACGGAAAAAAUCCAGAUCUUUCCUUACCUGUUGUACUUAA